GGUAGAGAAGUUAUUAUCAUUGCAGAAACUACAUAUUGCAGAAAUAAUGUCUUUAUAGAAGAGGGACUUCGCUUUUUCUAUUCAUAUGUAAGAGACAUACAAGUGCUACUAGUGCACACUAUUAACCUUACUCAAAAGGCUAACUACAGGAUAUCUUCUAAGAGGAAUUUUGUCUACUGUAUUUCUCUGGCGCACAUGGACUCAAUACCUCAUUGCUUUUCACUUGUGAUGAUGUCUUUUUUUUUAUUGCUCUACAUCAUCUAUCCAUUGAGGAUGUUGCUUGAUAUGUGUCCUCUGCAAGUAUAUAGCAAGAUUCUCAAAGCCAAGAGAAGUAUCUUGCAAUUUUUUUUUUUUUUUUUUAGAUGGAGUCUCGCUUUGUCACCAGGCUGGAGUGCAGUGGUGCGAUCUCGGCUCACUCACUGCAACCUCCAACUCCCUGGUUCAAGCGAUUCUCCUGACUCGGCCUCCCAAGUACCUGGGAUUACAGGCAUGCACCACCACACCCAGCUGAUUUUUGUAUUUUUAGUAGAGACGGGGUUUCAUCAUGUUGGCCAGGAUGGCCUCGAUCUCCUGACCUCGUGUUCUGCCUGCCUCGGCCUCCCAAAGUGCUGGGAUUACAGGCGUGAGCCACCGCAUCUGGUCCGAGAAGUAUCUUGUAUUUAUAUAUUGCAAUGAGACUUCUCUCUCACGUCUUCACACUAAAGCAUCAUAUCCCUCCAGUUCUGAAUUUCCCUUGAGCUUCACAAUGUUCUUCUGAGCACUGAAGCAAUAUAAUUUAACUAUAAUUUAUAAAGCUGAAUAAAGCGGUACAUAUAUAAUGCCCAGCAGCAGGUACCUCAAGCUUUACAUAUCUCAAAACUCAAAGUAUUUUUUUCCGUCAAAUCUGUGCCUCCUCAAUAUUUUCACCUUCAGUAGCAGAAGUUUUUCACCCAUGACUCUUCUUUCCCAUUCACCAAAUUUUAAAAUUCCUCCAUCACAAAUGCCUCUUCUGCCACCUCUUUUUAAUUUCCACUAGUCCUGACCAUGUGCAGGUCAUAAUUAUCUGCCUCUUAGACCACUGCAGUAGUCUUCUAAUAGAUUGCUCUGAAUCCAAUUUCUAAUUAGUAGAAUCCAUCCUUUGUAUUCCUCCCCAUGAUACAUUUCCAAAUAUUGCUAUGAUGUACUUAUUCAAUCAAAAUAAUUUGGACAGAAUAUAGUCCAAAUUCUUUACCAUGGCAUUCAAGGCUCUCCAAAUACUGGCCUUGGAUUCCUAGCUGGCUAGCUCAUUGAGGUUAGGAGUAUGUUUCUUAAAAUAUCUGGAUAGAGCAGCAAGUUCUCUGUGUCUCCGUAGAUGUGUGUAUAUUUAUGUAUACACAUUUGUUUUAUUGAUGGAAUCGUUAACAUUACUCUCAUGCAUCAUGAUUGCUUAGCUGGAAAUGUUGUCAAAUAAAAAACAGGGCCAGACAGUAGUUGAAGUGGCAAAAACACUGUAUUCAGGAACUACUGCAAUAAGAGAAAAGAGACCUCAAUACAGAGCUGGGCUCAAUUCCAAAUACAGCAUGGACAAGUGGGGAUUUAAAGCCAAGGGGGCGUCAGGUCAAGUGGAUGGAAACUUACUGAUAGGGAACAUCAGGGGUGGGAGGGUUCUGAUUAAGCAGGCCUAAUAGGAUUCUUGCUGAAGCCAGGCCAGGGUGGUCAGAUACCAAUGGUAGAAAAUGAAGAAUUUGAUCAGGUAUCGACGGUAAUCAGGUAUGAAGGGUUGGGGGUUCUCUCUCAACAGCCGUAGCGAAACCUUUGCUACAGCUCGGUGAUCCAGGGUCCACAGGAUUGGAAGCCAAGGUCAAGGCCUAGUCGGAAAGAAGGCUUAGAUGAGCCUGACCAAAGUUCAGCCAAGGAGAGUUUUUGCCAGUGUAUUCACACUCCGUGUGUGUGUGGUGUGUCUGUCUCAGUACUACUGUAAUUGAUGAGGCAGGGGCUCCCCGGCCAUCCCAGCAGUGUCACCAUCUUUUGGGUAGAACAGCAGACACAGAGAUGGCCCACUGUGGACAGUUAACUAACUGGCUCUGUUUAGCAUGGGAAAGGAAGGAGAGUCCUGAUUUUCUUUCAAUAUUCCUCAGGUAUAUUGAUCUGACCCCCAAGUUACAUAAGAUCUGCAGUGAUAAAACCAUUACCCAAAAAACUCACUGUCUUUUACCACUUAUAUCCUCAGCAUUAUCAUCAAUUGUCUUAAUACAAGUUUGGAGGCAAAAAACGGCUCACAAGUAUGCAUACAAAGGGGCCAAACACAUUGAGCAGCAAAACUCCCAAAGCAGACACCGCCCGAGACCUGCUGGAGCGCUUCCGCAAAUCUCGCGAGAUAGCAGGCAGCGAUGCCUUUUGCUCCGGUUUCUCGUGAGACCCCGGGGCUUCAGCUUCUCGUUUGCGGAGCCCGCGGCGGCGUUUCCUGGGGCAACAGCAAUGGCGGCCUCGCUGUCCGAGCGGCUCUUCUCGCUGGAGCUGCUGGUGGACUGGGUGCGUUUGGAAGCCCGGCUGCUGCCGCCCCCCGCUGCCGCAGUGGAGCAGGAGGAGGAAGAGGAGGAAAAGGAGCAGGGGGAGGCCUCGUCGCCGCGCGGUCUGUGCCCCGCCGUGGCCUUCCGCCUGCUGGACUUCCCCACGCUGUUGGUUUACCCUCCUGACGGCCCCGGCGCUCCCGCCGCCGAACCGUGGCCCGGUGUCAUCCGCUUCGGUCGCGGCAAGUCCUGCCUCUUCCGCCUGCAGCCUGCUACCCUGCACCGCCGGCUCCUGCGGACGCCGCUUGCCACCUUGCUGCUGCAGCUGCCCCCUGGGCGCCCGACGCCCACCCCACAGCUCCUGGGGGCCUGCGACAUUUCGCUGGCCACCGCAGCGCACAGGGUCGUGGGGCCGGCCGCCUCCGGAUGCUCCCACCGUCACCGGGGACGUUUCCCCCUGCAUAAUCGAGUGGGCGAGCGGACUGGGGACAUUGCCCUGGCCUACCGCCUGACUGACCUGGGAAGCCGCCUGCUGAGCCAACUUGAGCGGCCCCUCACCUUCACCCCCACAGGAGGAGGAGCGGAGGUCAGUCCCCAAACCCAGCAGGAAAGACAGCAGCUGCAGCAGCCAGCCUCACAGCCAAGCCCAAAAGAGGCUGAUAGGCCGCUGGGGGAGUUAGAAAUCCCAGAGGCACAGAAGGAUUUGAAGGAAAUGGUUAAAAGUAAGGCCGAAUGUGAUAAUGUGGGUUCUGUGGAGAAUGGCAAAACCAAUUCUGUUGUUACAUGUUCAGGUGCUGGCAAUGGGAGAAAUGUUAGCUCCCUAAAUGAGGAAGUCACAGAAUUGGACAUGGAGACCAAUAUAUUUUGCCCUCCUCCUUUGUAUUACACUAACUUGACCCAAGAAAAACCGUCCCCUGCACAGGCUAAAAUCACCAUUGAGCCUCAGAUGAAUGUACCUGAGGAAAUGGAUGAUGCUUCUCCUGAAAAAAAGCGUGUAAAUCCCCCAGCACACAGGAGUUGUCUAAAGCAUCCAAGUUCUGCAGCACACGAACAUCCUCCAAUGCUUGUAAAUCCUCCACAUAUUCAGAAUAUAGGAGCAACUAAUCAAACAUGUCAAACUGAACAAAAUCGAAUUAAUACAAUAAGGCAGUUGCCUUUGUUAAAUGCUUUGUUAGUUGAGUUGUCCUUGUUAUAUGACCAACCUGUGACAAGUCCUGCUCAUAUACAUCCUCACCUAGCCUGGUUAUAUAGGACUGAGGAUAAGAAGUCACCCGAAUCUUCUGCCAAAUCCACAUGCCGGUCUGAAUCCAAGAAGGAUAAGCGUUCUAUGGGGGGAUGUGAAAAGUCAGUGAGUCUUCAGUAUAAAAAGAACCAAAUUGAAAACUAUAAGGAAGAUAAAUAUUCUGAAAAGAGCAGUGGUGCCCUCCAUAAAAGAGUUCCAAAAGGGAGGCUACUUUAUGGCUUAACAAAUACACUAAGACUACGUUUAAAGCUGACAAAUCCUGAUAUGUUGGUGGUACAUGAAAAAAGAGAACUAUAUAGAAAAAGACAAUCACAAAUGUUGGGUACAAAAUUCAGAAUUCCGUCAUCCAAAGUUAAACUAUUAAGCUCUGCAGAACAAAGUCAGAAGCCGCAACUGCCUGAAGAUAAGUAUUUAGAUUCAGAUGCAUCUUUUACUGAAAAUAGUGAUACCUCAAGACAAAUCAGUGGAGUUUUUGAUGAGCCCAGCACAAGUGAAGAAACUAAACUGAAAUAUGCAACUGAAAAAAAGACAGUUGAUUGUAGUAAAAAUAGAAUCAAUAAUGUUUCAUUGGAAGAAGUUGUGAGUCCUGCAAAUUCCAUUAUUCCAGAAAGGCUUACCCCUACAAAUAUUCUGGGAGGAAAUGUGGAAAUGAAAAUCCGAAGUCCAUGUGUUUUCCAACAGGAUGCUGUUGUUGACAGAAUUGUAGAUAAGGAAAUAGAUAUUAGACAGGUCAAAACCACAGAUAAUGACAUUCUUAUGGCUGAUAUAAGUGACAAGAGAACAGGUAAAAAUAGUUGCUAUGAAAACAUCUCAGAACUGAAGUAUUCAGAUGAUUUGUCUAGCCCUUGCUAUUCUGAAGAUUUCUGUACCAGUGAGGACACCAGCAGAAGUUUCAAAGCUCAUGAUAGCAGUUCAAGGACAGAAAAUCCAAAACAUAGUCAAUAUACAAGCAAGUCUAGUGACACAGGAGUGUCCAAAAAGAAAAAUAGUAGUGACAGGAGUUCUAUCCUUAGCCCACCUUUUUCAGCCGGGUCACCUGUACACUCAUACAGAAAAUUUCGUAUUUCAAAGACUCAGGAUAAAAGUUUGGAGGAAGCAUCUAGUAUCUCUGCUAGUGAUUUAUCUUCAACACAUUGGACUGAACAAAAAGAAAACCAGAUAGAUCAAAAUAGUAUGCACAAUUCUGAAAUUACAAAGAGAGGUCAAGACAUCUCUGUUAAAACAAGAAGUAGUUGGAAAUCUUUAGAAAAAAGCCAGUCACCACAAACAUCCCAGAAAUGACAGACAUAAAAAUAUGAAUGCACCCGAAGUAGCCUUGGAAAACAAGGAAAAUGCUAGUGGUGGACAAGACACCCAGUUUGAGGAACUUCUGGAAGACACAAAGCAGUUGAGAUUAUGUUGAUGAAAAAAUUGGUUACAAAUCCACUCUUCAACACAGCCCCAUGAGAGUGCUUCUGGAGAAAUGAGAAGAUGGUAUUUUCCAACAGAGCCCCAGAAAAAGUUCAAGCUGGUCGGCAGGGCUUGGGCAUAGGAGCAGGUUAAGGGACAACUGAGGGAAAAGCAGAACCCUGAGGACAGGCAAGAAGCUGGGGUGGGCUCAAGGUUACCUACUAGAAUAGGUAUUGGGACCAAGGAAAAAAACUAUUUUUCAUCUUUGACACCAAAACAUAUAUUCAAACUGUCUCAAUGUUAUUGGAGCGACUACUAACCCUAGUGGCAAAUUAAAAUGGUAUAAACCUGGUCAUUGGAGACAGACAAAUGGCGUCUGCAUCCUUGAUUAUUUUACUCCUUGGAGACUUUCUUCAUUAUAGAAUUGGUUUCAGGAUUGAGUCAAAUAACAUAUAUAGCAUAUAUGACAAUGAGUGUGAGUGAGUGUUAGGUGAUGUAUUUAAUGAUAUUACAGAGAAUGCACCGUGGUAUCUGUAUUCCAGCCUAGGGGGAUGCAUUUUCAAUUAAAACUUCAGUCAAGAAAUCAAGUCUUUCUUCCAGAAAGUUUAAACAACUUUCCUAUAGCAUAGCAAGGCAAAAGAAGUCCAUGGUGAUAAAAGAGUCAGCACAGACUUCUGGCUAGGCAAGAAGACUUUAGGUCACAGAGCACAGCCACAAAACCAAGCAGAAGAAGGAGCCCUUCUCAGAGUACUAAGCAAAAUGGGGCAUCUAGCUUUGUGCAGAGUACUUAGGAGAGGGGACUACAAAAUGUCCUUACUAUACAGAAAGAAAGGAAACACUGAUCCAGGUCCCCAGUAAAGACAAAAUUUUCUAAAAGAGCAAGAAAGUGGUGUAUCAGUGCUGGGAAGCAUACGUUUCCCUGCAAAUCUAGGUAAGUAGCCCCUCCUAUAUGAGGUUGUUUUAAAACCUCCUAAACAAUUUUUUUUUCCUGUUUAUAUAGUCCAUGUUUUUUCAUAGUAGGCACACAAAAAAUGUUUAUUCUUUCCUUUGAAUACCUUGAGGUCUGGGGUGGGGAUGGGGUGAGUGGGGAAGGAGCUGUCAUAAUGCAUCAUAAUAAAAUAGGUAGAAACUUACAGAACGAGUUGGGAAGGGAUGAGACUUAGCUUUCAGGCCAGAUACUGUAACUGAGUAGUAGAGCCCUUGGUAGCAGAAAUCCAUGAAAAGAUUUGGGUUUCAAAUUGAAAGGAAGUUUGUGUUUUCCAGGAACAGGGCAGCACAGGAGAUUAGAUGAGCUCCUGAGCAAUAGUGAGACAAGGUAACAGCUGAAGGUCAUACUCAGAAAGAACAUAGAAGAGAAGAGGUCCAUGAGUCAGUAAGUCGGUGACUGCAGGAUCAGAAACCUAUACUUAUAGCUUGACUAUUUAGGAUACUCUAUGUUAUGUCCCUUUCUAUGUGCUUCUUGUUUUUAAUAUCGUUCUUUUUGAAGGAUCUUCUAGUUGAUCCAUACAAGCAGUAGGAAAUGACUUUGGUUGUGGCUAUAAUUGAGCAGAAAUCCUAAAGGGAGAGCAGCAUAUCCCUAGAGUCUACAUUAUCAAAAGACUGAGAAAAAAUAUAUAGGGCCUUUUAGAAAGUCCCUUCUUUUUACCCAAAGAUUUCUCGUUCAGCUUUUCUUUACUGAAGACCUUGGAGCACUUCACAAUUUGUUUUAUUAAGGGAAGCUGUUCAAUCACAGAGAGUCUCACACCCAUCAGCUGCCUUGAGUACUGUAUCUCAUUACUAACAAUUUCAGCGUCAACCUUGUGGAGUGAAUUGGGACUGAAUUCUGGACUCAGAAUGACGUAACAAAUAGUGGAUUGCUUUAGAUACAGAGGAGUCUAUUGUCAAAAGAGUUGGCCUGAAAAUUGUUUCUUGCAUAUCCAACAUUUUUAAGACUAUUUCCAAGUACUUUGGGAUAGUGUUUAUUAACCUGAGGGAAAAGAUCUUUGUAAUCGCCUGAGAAAGUCCAGCAUGGGCGACAAAAGUGAGACUCCAUCUC